AAAAACAUUAUAACCACUUUAAAAAAUCCAAAGAAAAACCCAAACUGGCAUUUUAUCACAUUUCAUCAAGUGCAGAUUUUUUUCGGUACAAGUUUUGACGACCGUCAACACAGCUGGAGCAAACUUGAUUUAAAAUAGAGUAUUGGCUAAUAAAAGUGUGCCAAUGCCACUGGUAAUCUAAUUUAACUAAACUAAGUUUAAAGACUAUAAUAAGGUAUUGAAGUAAAACUGACUGAUGUCUAAAAAGAACAACAACUAGUGAGGCGAAGUCCACUGGACUUCGAACGGCAAACAUUGACCGGUACGUAAUUAUCACAUAGAGGUCAAGAUCAAAACAUAAUGAAAAAACAUAAUCACAACACUGGCUAUAACCUUAUCGCAAAAGUUUUUUGGAACAGGCCUUAGUAAGUGAAUGACUGAAAUACUAGCGCUGUCAAAACUCUGCUCUGCGAGGCCUCUGUCAAUUUUCUUCAUCUCACUUUGUUUUGCGGUGCUCAUCGGUAAAUUCAUAGAAGAACCGACAAAGAAAUUAUGCAGCCGAAUCACUUCACCGAAACAUGUUAUUCUUAUUUUUGUGACUCUAACUCUAAUUCAACCUGUUAUUUUGAACCUACUUAUUGGAGAGCAUACGAAUAGUUUUGAAAACUUGGAACCUAUGCAUGCUAAAACGAAACUCAAUGUUAACCAAUCGAUUUCUGACUUACAGCAAAAGGACGCGAUUACUCCGACCAAUUUAUGCUCCUAUAUCAACAAAAAUUGCAGUGUUCUGCUUGUGGGUGAUUCUUAUGCGCUAUCUUGGAAAGAAGCCUUCAACAAAGUGCACAAAAAGUGCAACAUAUCUGCAAGUUAUUUAACAGUCGGACACCCUGGCUCGCUUUAUUUUCCAGUCGACUCUCAAAGGUUUAGAGGUCCAGCUAAGCGGACGCAAACCCGACCGAACGGGCCCGCCGCGCAAAUGAUGGAAACAAUUACAAAAUUGAAACCUAACAUUACGUUGUUGUUUUCAAAGUCAAUACAUGUGUGCGAAUUGUCAUUGAAUCAAUCGGUUCCUCGCGUGAAUGCUCUGAAUAAUUUGGAAAAAUGGAAGGAUCUUAUUCGCACAGCAAUCCCUAAAUUCAUAGAAACUGUGCUGCCCUACACAACUCCAGUGUUUGUCAUUGAGCACCAGUCACCCGAGCCCGACCCCACUCCAUGUAUUAAACAAAUGAGAAACCAGAAGAAAGACCCCACAAGCUGUCUUAUCAAGCUUCGCUACGAUCCAGGAGUGCAUUUCUGGCGAUCAUAUCUGGAAGAACUAAAGCAGAAAUACCGAAAGCUAUAUUUAGUCGAUUUGGGUCCAAUUUUAUUUGGGAAUGUCACGGAAGAUCAGUCAAUAUCGGCGAUGUCGAAGGGUUCCCCAAUGUUUCAAGAUUUUAUCCAUAUUUCAACACCAUUUUCACAUCAGAAAAGUCAUUUAUUUAUAGCUGAGCUUCAUCGUCAAAAAUUAUUAUGAUUUCGUUUAUUAUUUUUGGAAAUUGUAGUGUUUAAUAUUUUAUCUAAAUUAAAUAUUAUGUUGCUGAAACUUCAACCAUUUUGCGACUAUCCAUUGAGGUAAAGAUAGAUUCUUUACUCGAAGAAUAUUGUUUCGACGAAAUCUUCCAAAGGAGAUGGAAACUAUCGCAAAGACCGGAACUUUCAGAUACCAGACUUUCAGAUACGCAAAGACCGGAACUUUC